AUGGAGGACCGGAGGUAUGUCGGACUUUGGUCGGACUUCGAUCUAAUUAAUCACAUGACACUAAUCACGCGUUUCAUUGGACCUUUGCUCUCUGUUCUUGACCACCACCUCCUCCCCAUUCCCAUUCCCCGCCCCCCUGCUCCUACUCUGUCCUUCUCCCCCGGCGACGACGACGACGUAUGGUGUCAAGAAGGAGACAUCAUGGGCGCAGAUUCUCUGAGCGAAUUUGACUUUCCAACGCAGGUAUUCAAUCGACUACCAUUUUUGCCGAUGCUUUGCUACGGGUUCUCUUGCCAAGCCGAUGAUGGUGCGGAUUUUUGGUCAAACCCGUCAAAACAUUGUGGUAUUUUCUGGGAGACUAGUAUUGUCCCAUUGGACUCAAUUCACGCACACCGGGGAUAUGCUCUCCCAGUUCUCGCCACCAUCCAUGCCAUCGCAGCCAAAGUCACCUUGGCUACACACAAGCUCCUUGCGGCUGCAGCCAUCAGCGCAAUUCCUCACACGCCACCACCAAUGAUGAUGAACAAGUUGACUCCCCGCCAACCCAUUCAGCAGGGAUGUCAGCCGUCAUCAUCGAGAUCCUCUCGCUUCGGCUCCUACAGACACACAUCCAGGCGGGUUCCAAGGAAGACGAUUACAUCGCAUGUUGAGUAA